CUUAGCUCUACAUAAACAUCAACCACUCACCACUCAUUUUCAUCUCAACACCAAAACCACAAAGAUCCAAACAUUCAAAUUCAAAAAAUGGGCAGCAUUAGAUCAACUAAAGAUGAAAGAGCCGGGGCGGAAAUAGUUUACGGCCCCGAAGAUUGCUACCGUCACUCCAUCGAGCUUCUCGAAGAGAUCGGAUUCCCAAAAGGCGUGCUUCCGUUGAAAGAUCUUGUGGAAUGUGGAAGAGUUAGAGAAACUGGAUUUGUCUGGAUGAAACAAAAGGCUCCUUAUGAGCAUUUCUUUGUUGGUACUAAUAGUAAAGUAAGCUAUGCUAUUGAGGUUACUGGCUAUGUUGAGAAAUUUAAGAUGAAAAAAAUGAGUGGGAUUAAGAGUAAGCAAAUGUUUUUAUGGGUACCAAUUAGUGAAAUGAGCAUUGAUGAUCCAUUAAGCAAGAAAUUAGUGUUCAAAACUCCAUUGGGUAUUGGAAAAUCUUUCCCUAUUUCUGCUUUCAUUCAAGAUGAAGAAGAGAAGCACAAGCAACUUGAGCAACCCAUGGAAUCAUAAGUAAAAAUUAUAUUAAUGGUGUCUGAAUUUUUUAAAAUUUAAAAUUUUAGUUUGUGAGAUUAUAUUUUUAUUUUAUAUUAUAUUUCAACUUUAUAAAAAUAUUUAAGCUUUUAGCCGUUUUUCAAUUACUGAUGUGCCGAAAAAAUAAAUUUUAAUUCUACUUUUACUUAAAUUUCUGUGUCAUAUUAGCUAAAAAAAUGUAGUAUUUAUUGGAGGUCUAAAUAUGUUGAGACUUGAUUGAAACGAUGGUGUGCUCCGGCGAUGUUUCUCUCUUUUCAGCAGAUUUGACCAGAUUCGGCGAGAUUGCAACACCAUCGCCAGAUAGACCUAUUUCCUCUGCAUUUUUCUGUCGGCACCGUCGCAACGCUUCUCUUGAAAGCACCGUCUCGGAUCAGCUUCUAUCUUAUGAAACAACGCCGUCUCAGAUCGGCUUGUUUGUAAAGAAGAAAAAAAAGCGUGAGGAUUUCAUAAGAGUAGGAGACAAAUGGCUUAGGGUUUGCUUAAGAGCGUGAAGAUGAAUGAGGUGAAUCAAUUUUAUUGUAUUUGUGAAAAAGUAAAAGGUUAAAAAUCAAAAGAGAAAAGAUGAUAUUGUAUUUUUCAAAAGACAAACUUAUCAUCGUAAUUGUGGGAUUAUUUUGGGUAAUUACCGUUUUUUGUUUAA